CGCCACCAGCCAAGUGUCACCAACCCACCCCACGGCGCCCUGGCACGGCUGAGGGACAGCAGCUGCCGAACCGUGUGCCAUGCGUGCCGGUGGCACCCGGACCGCGCUGAGAUCUGCCGGGCUCGGAGGCGCCGAGCUGCCCCCGACAGCCCCAAGUGCACCCGCGUCCCUCAGCCGGGGGACACCGGCACGGCGGCACAACCGCUGGUGGCACGAGCAGGGACCGCGGGCCGUUCCCACCACCCCGACACCGGGGUGCCACUCUGCUGGGAGCAGCCAGACCCCCUGAUGGGCAGAGGCACAGCUGGGACCCCCGGCGUGGGGCCGGGGGGGGCUCCCCCCGCAGGCAGCGCCCGCUCCCAUGUAAGGGCAUGGCCGCGGCCGCUGCUCCCCACGCCGCGACACCGGGGCGCCCUCGGCCACGCGCAGGCACCGGGGGCACCGCGGGCAGCACCGGCGUCGGACCCACCGCCCGGCGCGGGGCUCGUCCCCCGACACGCCACCCAUGUCACCGCACACAUCCCGACCCCCGGACACACCCCGACCCCCGGACACACCCCGACCCCCACCCCACAGCGGCUCAAUCCGCGCCCACCGGUCACGGCCCGGCUCCCCGGUGACACCCCGACCCCCGGGCACGUUCCGGUGCCCCGGGCCGUACCUGCGAUGCGGAUGACGGCUCUCUCGGCGGGGUCCAGCACCGUCCCGUUGCCCGCGGCCGCCUUGGCUCGCUGGGAGCGCUGGUGCUUGCCCAGGUUCCAGGGCAGCGUGUCCCCGGCGCCGGGCGAGCCGCUGCUGCCGCUCGAGCUCUCCUCCGCCAUCGCCGCCGACCCCGGCUCCUGCGACAGAGGGACGGCGUCAGGGACCCCCGGUACCGGGACCAUCGCCUUCGGACCCCGGUACCGGGUACCAGGGACCCCCGCCAUCAUCACUGCCCCCCCCUCUCGGUUCAGGGACCUCUGGCAUCGGGAACCAGGGACCCCCGGCAUCGCCAUCUCCUUCCCUCUCUCUUCAGGGACCUCCGGGACCCCCGGCACCGGGGCACCAAAGACCCCCGGCAUCGCCACUGCCCCCCUCUCGUUUCAGGGACCCCCGGCACCGCCGACCCCGGCUCCUGCGGUAGAGAUGCGGCGCCAGGCACACCGGGCACCGGGACCGCAGCACCGGCAGCGCCCGGUGCAGCACACGGCGGAAUCACGGAGCGCCCGGAGCUCGCCCGUGGCGGUGCCGCCGCAGCCGGGGAGCGCACGGGAAGAACAGCCGGAGCGAAGGCGUGGGAGACGAGACCGCACCGGCAGCGGGGCAGCGCUCAGGGGGGUUCGGAGCGGCUGCGGGGUUCGGGGGGCCCGCGGGGUCGGUGCCGCGAGUGCUCCCAGGGGAGCGGUUCGGAGGCUGCCGCAUCCCGACACCUCCGCGAUCCCGGCACCUCCGCGAUCCCACCUCCGCCCCGGCUCCGCCGCAGCCCUGACACCGGCCCGGGCUCGUUCCCCGGGGAGCCGGCAGCACCGGGCGUUUGCCGCGGCCGAGGCGCCAUUUGCAGAAGCUCCGAACCCGGGAAAGUCACCGGGCCCGGCACCACCGGGCCCGGCAGCGGGACCCACCGGCAUCACCGACAUCACAGCGCCCGGCCCUCCCGGCGCCCUGGGACCGCGGCGUGACCGACAUCACCGGCGCCCCCAGACCCACCGGCAUCACCCCGGCCUCCCGGUACAGCCAGAACCAAGGGCCAACCCCGGCCAGCGCUCCCGGUACAGCCGGAACCAGGGGCCAACCCCGGCCAGUGCUCCCAGUACAGCCAGCAUGGCACGGGUUAACUGUGCCCAGCGCACCCAGUACACUGCGUACGGAGAAGGGAAGUCCCGCAGCCGCUCGGCUCUGCCCGCCCCGCCUGGGCGCUCAAUUGUGGGCCCGGCACGGCCCGGCACGGCCCGGCACGGCCGCAUCACCGGUACACUGCUGGCCCGUCAGCGGCGCGUCUGGCGCCCCCCGACCCCCAGCCCCAUCGGGGCCAUCGCGUGCCAAACUGACCCCGGCAACCCCAGCACAACCGCGCCCACCCCUCGGGGCGCAGAGACCACCGAGGACCCCGCACCGGGGAGGCGUGAGGAGCCCCCGGGAGCCGACACCGGGGCGGAGCAAGGUGGCACCGGCAGCGCCGAGGUCGGGACCCUCUCCCGGACACUCUGUCCCCAGCGUGGUACCUGCCGUGAGGGGGCCAAGGCUCAGACCCCCCACCCGCUCUCCCCGCGGCCGUACCGGGGCUGCCGCUCGUUCCGUCCGUCCGGAUCCGGUGCUGGCGCCGCCGCUGUCGCCGCGGUCAUGUGCCGGUGCCGGCACGGGCGCAGGGAGCGAAUCCCCCGGCCAGAGCCGGACAAAGAGCCCUUUUUCAGCGGCGCUGGGCCCCGCGGGCCCCUCGGCGUCAGGGGACAAAGGUCCGGCACGCUUGGCACCGGCAGCACCGGGCACUCCUCGCUCGGGGCACCCGCGGGGCGCGGGGCACCGGACUCUGCAGAGGGGGUGGGCGUGCUGCCGGGACCCCUCCUGCACCCCCGACCCUCUGGGCUCUCACCUCCAUCCGCCGGCGCUCCCCGGGGAGCGGGGCUGGCGCCACGUGCGCGGGGCUGGCACGGCUGGCACGAUGCCCGGCGGGAUCCCAGCGCUGGCACACGUCAGCGGGGCUGGCACACGCCGGCGCGGUGCCACCGCACCCUGCCCGGGACCCGCCCGCGCCCGCGGGGCCGGGGCCGCUGGUGUCACACCCGUGCCCGCUCCGUGUGCGGCCCCCAAAGGGGCGCGGGGGUCACCGAGACCCCCAGCCCUGUGCUCGCCUACCUGUCACCUGGGCAUCUCAGUGGUUGGGACUGA